AUGAUAAAGCAACAACUUUUAUAAAUUUGUUCAGUUGAUUCCUUUUUCAAUAAUCAUACUUCUUUAUUUCAAAAAUCUUGUCCUGAUCCAUUUAUAGCACAAUAUUCAAGCGAAUUUUAGAUUAGUAAUCAAAACAGGUUAAUAAUCAAAUAGUUGUCUAUAUGCUAAAAUUUUAUUAAAUUAGGAGAAGAUGUAAAGAAAAAUCUAAUCAUAAAUAGAAAUAUAUUAAUUUAACUGAUGUUUGUAUGUAAAAAAUAGUUCAUCCAAAAACAGGACUGUUUGGGGUUAAGCUAAGUAAAAAUGGCGUAAGUUUUGAAAUGUUUGGUUAAUUGGAUGAAUGGAUGAAUUUAAUGAAGAAGUACACUAUAUAAUUAGAUUUUGGUUAAAAGUAUUAACUCUUUAACAAAUUGGGGGAAGGAUAUUCAACAAUAGUAUAUCUUAUUUUAAUUUAAUUGAUAGGUAUAUAGGGCAAAGAAUAAGGUAAGUAAAUAAGAGUUUGCUGUUAAAGUAUUCGAUAAAAAACGAUUGUUAACUAAUAAUUAUGAAUCAAAGAAGUUUCUUAAAGAGCUGAAAAUAAUUCGAUAAUUGGAACAUCCUCAUUUACUCCACUUUUAUGAAGUUUUUGAAAGCAAUAAUCAUAUUUAUUUGUUAGAGGAAUACUUAAAAGGAUAAAAGCUUUCAUAAUUUUACUAAAAUUCACAACCUUUAAAAGAAGAGUAAGUUUUAAUUGUUAUGAAACCUCUAUUUUAAGCAGUGUAAUAUCUACAUGAUAUCAAUAUAUAUCAUAAAUAAAUUUGUACUUCAAAUGUUAUUCUGAAAUAGAGAGAUGAUUUAUCUAAUCCUUGUUUAAUUGGUCUUACUCAUGCAGAACAACACUCUAAUCUAGAAUAAGAUGAUUAUCAAUAUUUAUAAGUAAAUAUAGAGAAACAGAGAUAAUAUUAUAUCAAACUUGAUGUACUUGCUUUAGGAAUUGUAAUGCAUAAUUUAUUAACUGGAAAUUUAUAACAUUUUGAUUAAGCACUUGAUGAUGCUUUGAUGAAUAAAUUUUAAGGAACAGCUGAUUUUUAAUUCCUUGAUCCUCCUUUAUCAGAUUAAUGUUUUGAUUUUUUGACUAUAAUUUUUAAUUAAGGAUCUAAAGUUAGGACAUGUUAAUAAUUAUUAUAACAUCCAUUUUUUGAUAAAGAAAGUCAAAUGACUAAUAGAAAUAUUCCUAUUUAAUUUCUUGGAACAUUAAAUUAAAAUUAAGCUAUGUUUAGAAUAACUUCAAAGUAAUCAUAAAUGUCUCCAAAAGUAGUUAAAGAUGUAAAAGUGAUUCCAAUUAGAAAACAAUUUAAUAUAAUAUCAAAAAGUCCAUAAGAAAGGCCUAAUUUAAAUAGUGACUACUUUGAACCUCCAAAAACUCAUUUAAUGUUUAGAAGAGGUAGUAGAUAAAAGAGAACUUUAAAUUUUAAUAAUCAUAAUGAUAAAAGCAAUGAGUCAAUAAAUUGA